AUGUCAAGCCCGGAAUUGUCAGACUCAUAUAUUUCUUCUGCUGAGAUGAAGCGAUUGAAAAAAAAAAUUACUUUCUGUGUUCUUGUCGAAAACAUCAAUAUCACUGAAGUGAUCAAGAGAUUCAGAAAGCAUUCGAUAGCCGUAGUUAAUAAAAAUAAUGACAUAAACUGUUUGAGAAUUCUUUCUCUCUCACACAUUUUCCCUUUUAAUAAGUUUGAUGUUAGAAAAUGUGUUACCGGAUGCUUCGACAACAAUACUCGUAAAGCUUUGAAGUCAGUAGCUAGCGGUACGAAACCUAAAAUCAAUCAUGCACCUACCAGGGUAGUCUUGUAUUGCAAGAAUAGAGCUGGUGAGGGAAAUAAUAAUAAUGAUGAUAAUAACGAUAAUUACGAUGACAAUAGUGAGGAAGAAGGAAAAUUGGUCAUGAUGAGCAUGGUCAAAGACUUUUAUUUAAUAUCCGCUAUUCAAAGAGUAUUGUUGAAAGAUGUAAGCGAAGAUAUUCUUUAUGCCAUUCUGAAAAAAAAUGGAAAGAAGCUAGACUUUAUGAUUGGUGCAAAGGUCAAAAGCAAAGAAUUCUACUUCUUUUUUGUUGAUGUGAAAAAAUCGGAAACGACCAGCAAGUAUCAGCCCGAAGACGACUAUACAAAGCUAAUGAAGCAGAUGAAAGGCUCUGUGGAUGAUCAACUGUACUACGGGGCAAAAAACCCUACAUGUCCUGGUCUGUUGAUUGAAGGCUUUAAAUGUACACUUUUCCAAAUGAAGCUUCUUUCCGAUGGAAUUCACAUGUCUACAGCAUCCGAACGUUUUUUUUUGGUCGAAAAAAUUCAUCAGCUUGUACACUUGCCUUCGAUUGUUGAGGCUGUUUAUUAUGUGAAGGUAUUGAUUGCAAACAAACUAAUCUUAGCAACAGUACACUAA